AGAUCAUUUUCUCCCCUGAUUUGCUCCAAGCCUAACAAGAUGCUUUUUAAAUCAGCUAAAGUCGCUCUUGCCAUAGCACUUCUCGGUACACCGGCCCUUGCUAUCUCCCUCGAAACUGUCGGUACUGUCAUUGGCAAGGCCUUCGACCUCUACAGUCUCAUUUCAGCCGAAAAGUCCAAGACCGCCAUUACUGCUCGAGGGGUGCUCGCUAGCGUUGACUUCUCUGGUGGAUCAUCCCUAGGUGUCUGCUACCAUGGUGGUGGGGGUGGUGGAUGCACCUGGCUUUCGACUGACCCUAGUCUUACUGGAAAUGGCGAAUGCUGGCAAUCUGGAAAGACAGCUAUGAAGAAAAAGUCUAUGGGCUCCGGCUUCAGAAACACGGUUAUCGAGGUCCAUGCUGAAAAGCAUGCGCUUUGCAUUGAUCACUUGUCAUUCAGCUAUGGAAGUGGUGACAUGCACCCCUAUGACGAGAAGAUCAUUGUCACUGGAGAUAUGACAUAUGAGUGUGGUCAUCACUGGGCUUAUAACACCCACUCGACCGGGAACUACCAACACAAGUGCAUGUUCAUCGGUAACAUUGGGUGGUUGCAAUUCAAAAAUACCUACUCGUUCAAUGUCGAGAAACUGCGCACGUUCCGACAGAGUAUGACCUCAGGUGUGAUGCACGAUGCCAGCAAGGGCUAUGAUGCGAUGAAGGAUGUCUGCAAGGGCAUGUCAAGCUGGAAGAGAGAUUCUCUGCCUGGCACCUACAAUCGCUGCGAUCUCUAUGAUGUGCUCACCCCUAGAAACAAGGUCAGCAACGCCCGCUACGAUGGCAAGAUCCCCAAGAUCAAGAAAGUCAAGGUCUCAAUGGAACAGCAUAAGGCUAACCUUAAAUCUAACCCCAACUAUGUCGGCAAUCCGGUCAUCGAUGGAGUUGUCGAAGUCGAAGUCUAUGACAGCGAGUAA